CGUUACUAUAACGUCAAUGAAGGUUUCGCACGAGAGACCUGAAAUAUAUCGAUUAGACAGCUAAUGGAUUUAAGUUAUUAGCAAGUGGAAACUCUGAGGAAACAUGCUGAAACGUGGAGUAGGUGGCAAAUCCAGCUACAGUCCAUAUUCAACAGACCAGAGGGUUAAGAAAACUGGGACUAAAGCCAAAGGUAAACUGGACCUGUUGCCGAACAGACCCAACGUCUGGCUCAAACAGCUCUCCGUUCUCCAGGAGCAGCCUCGUCGGGAUGCUUUUGAUGCCUCCUCUGCCCUUUCGUCCUCUGGCCUCUUGGACCCCUCCUACUCGUGCCCGGGAACACCCUGUCUCCAACACCAGAAGUUGGCUGGCUGCCCCUCCCCAGUGGCCACCCUCAAGCGGCCCACUUCACUGAGCCGCCAUGCCAGCGCCGCUGGCUUCCCCCUCCAGUCCUGGGUUCUGAACAAGGGCCUUGGCAAAGGAGCGUUAGCUCAGAGCCCCACCUUGGAGAGCGUAGAGGCUGCAGCCAUCAAGGUGGAGGACAUCCCCGCACUGCUCCGGGACGUGGCCCGUUUUGCUGAAGCUGUGGAGAACCUGAAGGAUGUGGUGCUUAGGGAAGACAAACAGGAGAACCGGCGGCCGCUGGCGCACGAGUGCCUGGGGGAGGUGCUGCGCAUUCUGCGGCAGAUCAUCAGCACCUACCCCCUGCUCAACACCAUGGAAACCCUCACGGCAGCCGGCAAACUCAUCUCCAAGGUCAAAGGAUUCCACUAUGAGGCGACCAAUGAGGACGACAAGAAGGGUUUUGAGAAGGCUGUUGAGACCAUCGCAGUGGCUUUCAGUAGCGAUGUGGCGGAGCUGCUGGUGGGGGAGGUGGACAGCAGCACCCUUCUGUCCCUGCAGCCGUCGGAGAAGAGCAGGUCCAUGGAGAACCUGCAUGGAGGAGUACCAGGUCAGGGGGUGGACAGCACACUAAUGAAGGGCGAUGUGGAGGGUUUUGUGCUGAGUACCGAGGAGGUGGACGUCAUCCUCCAGCGCAGUGAGGGAGGAGUGGACUCUGCUCUCACCUACGCCAAGAACAUGUCCAAAUACAUGAAGGAUGUCAUCUGCUAUGUGGACAAGAGGAUUGCACUGGAGGUGGAGUUUGCCAAGAGCCUGCAGAGACUAUAUCAAUCCUGCAAGCAGAGCAUUGCACAGCCUCACAUGCCCUUCUUCUCCAUCUACUCCCUGGCUCUGGAGCAGGACCUGGAGCAGAGCCUGGGAGUGCAGCAGGCUUCAGGCACCCUGCACAACCAGACCUUCCUGCAGCCUCUGAUGCAGCGAAAGCAGGAGCAUGAGAAGAAACGGAAGGAGAUCAAGGAGCAGUGGCAGAGGGCCAAGAGGAAGCUGCUGGAAGCAGAGGCUGACUUGCGCAAGGCGAAGCAGGCCUACAUCGCUCGCUGCGAGGAGUACGACAAGGCCAAGACGGUGGCCAGCCGGGCUGAGGAGGAAGGUGGCAGCUCCAUCACCAAGACAUUGGACAGGAAGAAACGGCUCGAGGAGGAGGCCCACAGCAAGGCUGAGGAAGCCGAGGCCACGUACCGCGCCUGCAUUGCAGUCGCCAACAACCAGCACCGGGAGCAGGAGCAGGUGAAGGUCAGUGUCCUGCGGCAGAUCCAGAACAUCAUCAAGCAGAGCGACCAGACCCUGCGAUCGUGCACGAUAUCCUACUACCAGAUCAUGCACAUGCAGACUGUUGCCCUGCCCGUCCACUACCAGACGCUGUGUGAGAGUAGCAAGCUGUAUGACCUGGGCCAGCAGUAUGCCGCCUAUGUGAAGGACCUGCAGAGGACAGAGGAGUCCAAGGCCCAUUAUGACUUUGAAUCCUACACUGCUGCCUCCACACAACAGCCUGUCAGAGCUCGCAAUGACAGCAACACAGACCGUCCAAACAGUGCUGAAGCCCUGCCCAGCGCUGGGCAGGCAGCCACAGGAGAAAGAGACCCUUUCCAUAAACAGAGGAAGGCACGAGGUCAUCAGUCCCAUAAAUCGUGGCCCUCAUCACUGAGUGACACUGACAGUGUGGGCGGAGCCAGUGGCCUGCAGUCCCCUGCUGCCAGCACAGGAGACAUCAGGAAAUUACCCAGGACCUCCUCUACCGGGACCAUGUCGUCCAACGAGGAGCUGGACGAGAAGGAUGGAACCGUAUCCUCUUUCGAACAGAGCUUGAAUGGGAUUGAGCCUGAGAUUGUGGUGCCCACCGGACCAUUCCGCAACGUGGGGCUGUCCAAGGCUGCGCGGACACACCGGCUGCGCAAACUGCGCACACCAGCAAAAUGCCGGGAGUGUGACAGCUACGUGUACUUCCAGGGGGCGGAGUGUGAGGAGUGUUUCCUGGCCUGCCAUAAGAAGUGCCUGGACACGCUGGCCAUCCAGUGCGGGCACAAGAAGCUGCAGGGCCGCCUUCAGCUCUUCGGCAGGGAAUUCUCCCAGGCGUCGCACGGCAGUGCGGACGGCGUCCCCUUCAUCAUCAAGAAGUGCAUCUCAGAGACUGAGAGGCGGGCGCUAAAGAUGAAGGGCAUCUACCGGGUGAACGGGGUGAAGACGCGGGUGGAGAAGCUGUGCCAGGCCUUCGAGAACGGCAAGGAACUGGUCGAGCUCUCGCAAGCCUCACCGCACGACAUCGGCAAUGUGCUCAAGCUCUACCUCAGACAGCUGCCUGAGCCCAUCAUGCCUUUCCGGCUGUAUCACAGUCUGAUGGGCAUUGCCAAGGACAGCCUGCAGUCAGAGGCCCCUGAGGGAGGAGGCGCUGGGAAAGGGGCAGAGGUGGUGGACCUUGGCACUGAGACAGACCCUGAGGUGUUGGUCUUGGUGGACAAGCUGCGGGAACUUUUGAAAGAGCUCCCCCAAGCCAACAUGGCCACACUGCACUACAUCAUAUGCCACCUGCACAGGAUUGCAGAGUUUGAGCAGGAGAACAAGAUGAGCCCCAGUAACCUGGGUAUAGUGUUUGGGCCCACGCUAAUGCGGCCCCGGCCCACAGGGGCCACUGUGUCCCUGUCCUCGCUGGUGGACUAUCCAUACCAGGCCCGCAUUGUGGAGACACUCAUCGUCUUCUACCGCAACAUCUUCUUGUCCUGCUCCAGAAGCUCCUUCACUUCCUCCCCACAGUCCAGCCAGGACUACACAGAUGCAGGGAGUAAGCAAGACAGGGGUGAGGGAGAUGGACAGGAGGCCUCUGAGGACCAGAGCAUGCCGGAUUUGGAAGAUAAGCUAGAGGACCGCUGCGGCUAUCCUUUAGGCUCCUAUGAGCCCUGUGAGCAAUCUGUGGAUUCAGAUUCAGAUCUUGAAGGAGCAGGAGGUGGGAAUCAGGACAGUCCCUUCCAAACGGCCAGUGACGAUGACCAGCUGUGUCCCAGAGGGACUCUAGUCCUGCCCCCCUUAGACAGCGUCCCCCCUGCUGUUCCCAACAGUGAACCCCCUGAAAUGGAGAGCCCAGAGCAGGAACUGGCCUCUUCUCUGGCAGGGCUCAACACCAAUCAGUCAAACAACAGAAGCACAAGACCCCUGAGGCUGCCCCUGGUGCGCCUGUGUAAGGGGAAGCUAAAUGUGACCAAAGAUAAGAGCAGACAGCCAGAGUUUGUGUAG